GCAAAACGAAGACGUCAGAAGUGCAUUUAUUUUUUGCUCUCGCUGCAUUUUUCGCACCUUUGCGCUUUUUUCUGCAAACUAAUCAAAAUAGAAGAUAAGUAAAUUAACGCGCGCUUGGCUAUGGUUAGUUUUCGUUUUCCGCGGGCAUUUAACGUUAUUUGUUUGGCGCACAAAGAAGGAUUUCUCGCCUGCUUUUGGACUCGGAUUCUGACGUGGAUUUGACUUUGAUUGCGGCUGGAAGUUGACAGGAUUAUGUUGAAACGCUCUCUGAAAGUGCUGAUUGCGUUAGUUUUGAGCUUAAUGUUCACGGUAUCGCUGGUGAAAAUAGUGCUAUUGAUUUGGUCCUCGCAUCCCGCCUACGCCCCCCGCUCGGAACCGACCCUUCCCACUGUCGACGAAUGGCUGGAGUCGGAAAAUCUGUCCUCCUACAAGCAGUUGUUUCGCGAUAAAGGCAUCUCAUCCCUUUCAUCCUGCGGCGAUCCGGAACGCCUGCCAGAGCUGCCGCCCCUGGACGAGCAGCGUCUGCAGCGAGCCGCCUUACAUCUGCAGCAGAAGCUGAUCCUGCGCGAGUGGCUUCGCGAGCACCGGCUCCAGCAUCACUACCAGCGUUUGCUGGCCGUGGAGGUGGCCUCCCUGGAGGACGUCUACUGGCUGGAGGACUCGCGGGCGAGCAAGAUUCUUGGCAAGGACUGGCAACUGUGGUCCGGGGCGCGACAGAAUCUGCCGACGUCGAAGGCACAGCUGGACGCUUUGAAGGCACAGCUCUGGUCGACGGUGGUCAAGAGCAGCCAGCAUCAGGACGCGUGGACAUGGGGCGGCAUGCUAGUCGUCUCCGUCUCUGUAGCCGGCCUCGUCACACUGGCUGCCAUGACACAGCCCUCGCUGGCCCCAGAGGCCCGUCACUCUCUGCUGCAGUAUGUCACUGGGAAAUAUCUGCUGCCCGCCAACUGCAAGGUGCAGUGGGACUGGAAGGAUCCGGCCUGCGUUGGCGGCACCAUGUGCUUCGUGGUGCGCUUCUUUCAGCGCAACGGCCAGCCCUACCCCAUCUGUGAUACGGACCAGUUCUUUGUCGAGGUCACCGAGGGCACCCGCAAGGUGGUGACCAUCAGCGAGCUGGGCUCCUCCACCGAUCCCAAUAACGCCAAUAUCGCCAAGGUGAAGUUCACGGUGCGCACGGCGGGUCAGUACAAGAUAUCGGUGCUGAUUGGUGCUAGUCACAUCGCCGGAUCGCCCUUCUUGCGAUCCUUCCUACCGGGAGCCAUCGACGCCCGGCGUUCACGGUUCAUUCGGCCGGCCAGCACGGUCAUCUGCUGUGCGGGAGCACCAACGCUGAUGCACAUCGAGCCUCGGGAUGAAUUCGGGAAUGCAUGCCUCUUUGACCAGAACCAAUCGGAUGAGGCGCUGCAGGGUUAUCAAGUGGCUGUGUACGACCUGCAUGGCGUUGCCGUAGAGAAGCUGCAGCAUGCGAUUGCCUUCGCCUACGACAGGGUCAACUCACGGGUCUCGGUGACCGCUCUCUUUCCGGAGCCCACCUGCCUGAGGGCCGUGAUCAGUUACCGGGACCAGCAGCUGCCCAAUGGAGACUUUGACAUCAUUGUGCUGAGCAGCAGCGACACAACCUUGGUGCACAAGAACAUUGCCUCGCGGAAGCACAACAUCUGCUACGAGGCCAAGCUGCUGAGCAUCUUCGGUGUGGCCAAGAACAAGCCGAGGAAGGUGCUCUGCUAUGUGGGACCCAAGCAGAACUCCCUGAUCUUUCAGGUGACCAUCAAGGAGAUGAUACUCAAGUUCAUUCCCAAGAGGAUAGCCACCUUUAGGCUAUGUCCCUCGACCAAAUUCCAUUUCCUGCCGCAGCUGGUCUCCCAGCUGCACGGCCCUGUUUUCAUCAUCGACGACGGAGCGCAGCCCAAGAUUGAGUUGGCCUCCAAGGAUCGCAAUAUCAUAGCUGCCACCUUCACCCACUUUCUGCUGAAGAACAUUGGCGGCUCGGAGACCUUCAAGGAUAAGCAGGACUUUUUCUACCACGAGGUGCGUAAGUUCCAUGCCAGCUAUUACCACGAGAAGAUGGCUCUAAAGGUGCAGCGGGACAAGAUCCUGGAGAGCAGCAUGAAGGCGGCCAAGGGCUUCUCGGUGUCCGAUUGGUGCGGCAACUUCGAGGUCACAUUUCAGGGCGAACAGGGCAUCGAUUGGGGUGGCCUCCGCCGCGAGUGGUUCGAGCUGGUCUGCAGUUCCCUCUUCGACGCUCGCGGCGGACUCUUCUGCACCUUCCACGACAAGCAUCAGGCUCUCGUGCAUCCCAAUCCCACGCGUCCCGCCCAUCUCAAGCUGAAGCACUUUGAGUUCGCCGGCAAAAUGGUGGGCAAGUGCCUAUUCGAGAGUGCCCUGGGAGGCAGCUAUCGCCAGCUGGUCCGAGCUCGCUUUAGUCGCUCCUUUCUGGCCCAACUCAUUGGGCUAAGGGUGCACUAUAAGUACUUUGAGCAAGAUGACCCUGACUUGUAUCUGUCCAAAAUCAAGUACAUCCUGGACACUGAUCUAGAUGCCACGGACACCCUAGAGCUGUACUUUGUGGAGGAGAUGUACGACGCCAGCAGCGGGCAGCUGAGCAAGACCAUUGAACUGAUUCCCAACGGGGCCAGGACUCGCGUGACCAAUGCCACCAAGAACCAGUAUCUGGAUUCCCUGGCCCAGCAGCGUCUGUGCAAUAAUGUCAAGGAUGAGGUGGACAGCUUUCUCAAGGGUCUCAAUUCCAUAAUACCAGAUAAUCUUCUAAGCAUUUUCGAUGAGAACGAACUGGAGCUACUGAUGUGCGGCACCGGUGAGUAUUCCAUCAGCGACUUCAAGUCGCAUCACAUUGCCAACGGCAACUCGGCGGAGUUCCGGCGGGUUCUAGCCUGGUUCUGGGCCGGCGUCAGCAACUUUAGCCAGACGGAGAUGGCCCGGCUGCUGCAGUUCACCACGGGCUGCUCCCAGCUGCCGCCGGGUGGCUUCCAGGAGCUGAAUCCGCAGUUUCAGAUAACGGCCGCCCCUACAUUUGGCAACCUGCCCACAGCGCAUACCUGCUUCAACCAGCUGUGCCUGCCGGACUACGAGAGCUACGAGCAGUUCGAGAAGUCGCUGCUGCUGGCCAUAAGCGAGGGCAGCGAGGGAUUCGGAAUGGUCUAGGAAUGUUCUAGGAAGUGGAGGCUGGAAGGAAGGGAUGCAAUCUCUUUGGUUUUUGUCUGCUACGCUACUGUGUUCCUCUCUCUGUGCGCUUUAAAUGUCAGAUGCUAGAAAACUAAGUGAAACUAGUCCGUAAGGCCGCCUAGUGAUAAAUCGCAAUUAAAUUCACGUCCCCUGAGUUGCAUUGCUGCUAGAAAUACUAAACCCUAAGCAAUAAUAAUCGCGGAUUAGCCGGGCGUAGCGAGUCUCUAUAUAGUUUUUAGAUCGAGUCGAGGAGCAAAGAUUUAAACUGAGUAUAUAUAUCAUCAUCAAAAGGAAUGUGAUAAUUGUAUUAUAAACUAAUGCAACCUAAGCGUAAUGGGUAAAACUUUUAAACUAAUCUAAAGCCAGUAAAACCAAAAACUACUCUAGUAAUUUGUUAGUUGCAAAGAGAAACCCUUAAAGCUAAUGAAACCCAAUGAAAACCUUGUAGUAUAUUGUAUGAAACAAAUUAAUUGUAAACAGAGAAACCCCAAAUAGUCACGAAAGCAAUGUUUAUAUGCAUUUCUUCUAACGAACAAGAAACCAAAUAUACAUAUAUUAUAUAUGGCCAAAUCGUGGCACAACUCUCCCAAAAA